AUGACACUGAACGAUGAUCCGACCCUUCAUCCAAAGGAAUCGGUAGCAUCGGACGCCGCCACAGUGUACCUGCCUUCGGGUGAAGGGAGAACCACUGCCGCUACUUUUCCUUAUUCUCGACACCGACCACAGAUACCGUGCAUGACGGAUUUACGCAAAUGGCUCCAAGCAUCCCGAACGCCGCGAAGGUUGGUCGUACUAUUCGUCCUGCUGGAGUCUCUGGCAUUCCAGAAAGGAUCGAUGCGAGUGACGGCAGAGAGCGAAGUACCCGACAACGUGGCAGGCCAGCUGUUGCGCCAGACGGUAAAGGCUGCAGCAGCCUCGUCUCCGUCGCGAGAUAGCUUGGACGGCGCCACUGCUAGCGGACUCGUCUGGAGUGAUCUGAGUGUAGUUUCGUCCAAUCGGGAUGUCACCCUUCUGCACCCGUUUUCUGGAUGGAUCACCAGCGGUCAGAUUGGCGGGAUCCUCGGACCGAGCGGAAGUGGCAAGUCAACUUUUCUAUCGGCCCUCUCGGGUUCUUCACGACAACUUUACCAAACCGGGCAAGUCUGGCACUAUCUACAUACCGUUGUGCACGGCUCCAAGGACACACAAACACCGAUACAAUUGUCUCGAAUACCCACACAAGAGGUUGCUUGGCUUCAGCAACACGACGAUUUUUUCAGCAUGCUAACGGUCCGGGAGACUCUAGAUUUGGCGGCAUAUUUAGAGCUACCCCACUUAGUCCUGUCGCAACGAGACGCUUUGGUUCAAACUCACUUGGAUGCGCUGGGCCUAGCUCACGCCGCCGACCGACCAAUUGGCUCGGAUCUUACCGGUUUGGGCACUGCACGCUUAUCCGGUGGUGAGCGCCGACGAUUGUCGGUGGCGUUGGAACUGUUGACGGAAAAACAACUUCUUUUAGCGGAUGAACCCACGUCGGGUUUGGACAGCAGUAUCAGUGUCAAAGUGAUGCAAAAUAUCCGAGACGUUUGUCGCAAGCGAAAUAUCCCUUGCUUAUGUGCAAUUCAUCAGCCUCGAUCAUCCAUUUGGCACUUAUUGGAUACCCUCAUCCUGAUGGCCCCCGGUGGACGCGUGGUAUACGCCGGCCCGAAAUCCGAAGCCGUCGCAUAUUUUGCGACCCAAGGGUACCGUUGCCCCGACGCGACCAACCCGGCCGAGUACUUUGUCGAUCUCGUUUCCGUCGAUACCGAAGACGAGCAGGUGGCCGCUAUCGACGAAGCACGGAUUGAUAAACUCGCUUCCGUCUUUCGUGACUACCAACAAACAUCUUUGCUUCUGCCUGCCAAACGACCUCAAGUGAAUUUGAGUCUGGAUAUCGAGACUGAUAUACAACAACCUUCAAAUGGUCAAUCGAUGAGACGGGCUUUCCAAGAAAAAAGCCAACUUGGGCUCCUGAAAUUUCUGUGGGUUCCACGAUUGGGAGCCUUGCUAAAGAGGUCGUGGCGACAAAAUGUUCGCAACUGGGAAAUCAAUAUUUUCCGAGCGUUCGCCAGCGCGGGUAACGCGAUUCUCCUGGCUCAAAUCUUUCCAACUGUCCGAGGAAGUGUCGCCAAAGCCAAUAGUGUAGCCGACAGGGUGGCACUGUUGUCGUUCGGUGCAAUCAACAUGUGCUUUAUUGCAUUUAUGAAGACUGUCACGUUAAUCGCGGAAGAGAAACCGGUUGUUCAACGGGAACAAUCACGUCGUCAGUACUCGAGCUUGGAGUACCUGGUGGCCAAGGUUUUAGCAGAAUUUCCCUUGGACUCCUUGUUUUCCGCUAUCUUUACAGCCUUCCUAAAAAAGUGCUCAGGAGUCCGGAUUUCGUGGGCCAAGCUGACUGGGGUCUUUAGUUUGUUGACGGUGUCUGGCGCUUCGCUUGGUUUGAUGCUGGGCAGCUGGCUUCCAACCGAAAAACUGGCUACGACGGGCAGUAUUCCAGUUCUAGUCGUAUUGAUGGUUGUGGGUAUCAUCAAUCCGAGUGGCGUAGAUCAGUCCACCCCUCCACCGGCGGUCGUGCAGGUAUUGAAACGUUGUAGCCCAUUUGCCUACGCUAUUGAAGCGCUCUGUCUUGGGGAGUACCCCGGAAUGGAAUUCGAACGUCAGUCAGGCUGGUUCGGCCGUAUCAGGGACUUGCCUAGAAUGGGCGGAUUGGCCAUGGUUCGAAAUGGUGAUCAAGUCCUGGAGGCGCUGGGCUUACAAGACAAGGGGUAUGUUCGAGUCAUGCAACACCUUGGAGUAUUGUCUGCUGCGUACCUGGCAGUUAGUUGGCUGGGCAUGCUUGUACAGGGUAGAAAACAUGGCAUGCAUGGUGCGGUCGAAGCGGACACUAGCCAGCACGUACAGCGAACCAAGGCUCCAAAGGACACCGAGGGCAGCUUUCUGUCCAAGUCAACAACGGAAACGUCAACAUCACAACGACAUUUGAAGGUUCCUUUAAAGAUCCGAGUCUAA